UCUGUUCCUCGGCCAACGCUCAACUAAACUGGCCACUCAGCACGCACUGCUUCAGGAAGCGGCGGGAGUUGGGGCAGACAGAGUUAACAAGAUUAUUAUUUUUCUAAAUAGCAUGCAUCAGGAAAACAGUCUGAACGUCUGCAUAUAAGUCAUUGACGCAGAGUAAGUCUGAAUACCGUUAGGUUGCGUAAACCUUGAAAUGAUUUAAUGAUCACUUUACAGCGCGUCGAGCUUGUUUUAUGUUGUAAACCUACUGUGAUUUGACAUUGGGACCAGGUAAAUUAUGCGCUACUGUAGCACGCGAGGAGGAGUGCAGGGAUGGGGAUUCCGGGAGGUGCUGUUCUCGGGCUAUGCGCCGGACGGGGGGAUGUUCAUGCCGGAGACCGUGCCCACCCUCACCCCCGACACCCUGAGGUCCUGGGCGUCGCUGUCCUACCCGCAGCUGGUUCAGGAAGUGUGCGCCCUAUUCAUUCCGGACGAUCUCGUUCCUCGCCAUGAUCUGGAUGCCGUUCUGUCUGGUGCCCUGUCUCAGUUCUCGGUCCCCGGGGUGGUGCGCAUGGCGCGGCUGGGCGGAGGUCUUUCCGUCCUGGAGCUCUUCCACGGAGAGACGCUGGCCUUUAAAGACCUGGCGAUGACCUGCACCACCCGUCUGCUGGACUACUUCCUGCAGCGCGAGAGCAGGCGCGCCACCGUCCUCGUGGGGACGUCGGGGGACACCGGCGGCUCCGCCAUCCGCGGCGCGAGGGGGCUCGGGGGCGUGGACGUGGUGGUGGUGUUCCCACGCGGGCGCGUCACCGCCGUGCAGGAGAAGCACAUGACCACCUGCCUGGAGGACAACGUGCACGUCUUCGCAGCGGACGGCAGCUCGGACGACAUCGACGUCCCCCUGCGCCGCCUCUUCGCGGAUCAGAGCCUGGUGAGGGACCACGGGCUCAUGAGCCUGAACUCCGUCAACUGGUGCCGCAUCCUGGUCCAGCUGGCCCACUUCCUGUACGCCUACCUGCGGCUGAGCGGCCUGGAGCGGACACCAGGGGGCGCGCUGCCCAGCCUGGAGGUGGUGGUGCCCACGGGCGGCGCUGGAAACAUCACGGCUGGCUGUAUCGUGAAGCAGAUGGGUGUGCCUCUGCGACUCGUUGCCAUGGUGAAUGCCAAUGACAUCGUGCAUCGGGCGGUGCGGAGCGGUGACUUCUCCAUGGCGACCAAAGUCAAGCAGACUCUGGCCUCUGCCAUAGACAUUCAGGACCCCUACAACAUGGAGCGGGUAUUCUGGCUGUUAUCAGGGCGGGACGGACUGCUGGUGAAGGGGCUGAUGGAGGAGUUUCAGCGUUCUCACAAAAUCACACUGCCUGAUGCACUCCACAGCAAGUUGUCGUCGGUGAUGUGUGCCGGCUCGGUGACAGAUGAGGGGAUUGUGGGGACCAUGAGGAGGUGCUGGGAGGAGAAUCACUACCUGCUGUGUCCUCACACUGCUGUGGCUGUCUGGCAUCAUUACCACAGUCCCCUCAGCCCUGGGGAGAACAGGUGUUGCAUAGCAACCGCAUCACCUGCCAAGUUCCAGGAUGCGGUGCAGAAGGCGGGGCUGACUGUCGAUGUCCCGGAGGAGGUGCAGGCCUUGGAGAAAAUGGCGACGCGCUACGAGAAACUGGAGCUGGGUGAAGACUGGGAACGCAGGCUGAGGGAGCGCAUCGAAUCCGUCACCUCCAUCCGGCAGCGCGGGGCGUUGUUUUACUCACCGGUGUAAGCAAUUAGGUGAGGAAUCUGAGAGCGUGGGGGUAGGGGGGGCGGUGUUUUACUCAAGGGUGUUAACAAUCUAGUGAGGAAUCGGAUUGUGUGGGACCUUGUUUUACUCACCAGGGCAACCAUUCCGGUGAAGAUUCAGACAUUGUGGGGCUUUGUUUUACUCAUCGGUAUACGCAAUGCAGUGAGUAAUAUAGCCAGAGAUGUGGUGUAAUUGGUGAAAUUCAAGAACCGAGACUGUGAUACAAACAGAAGCACUUACAACCAUUCUGUCCUUAGACAUGUUGUGAUUUUAUAAGAUUUUGCGCAUUUUAAACAAACAAUAUAAGUUAAUAAAUAAACAAAUCGAA